AUGGGAGUUUCAACAACUCUUGAUGCUCCUAGAAGUAUACUACAGUCUAAUGCACUACACCAUUUGUGCCCUUGUAAGUUCGUUUUGGGAACCCCUCCAGAGAGAAUGGACGCUGUUGUUGAGGCUGUUCUUAUGAAGCAAUGUUCUGGAUUCGGUAUAAGCCACAAUGUGGCAAAUUUUUUGAGAAAUUAUUUUGUAAGCCAAGAUGGAACUAUAACAUCUUUCAUAAGAGCUUUAAAGGCCCUUGAUCCUGAAUCAUUCAAGUCAAGGGCUGCUGACAAUGGUGGGGGCGUAGAAAAUGACUCUGGAGUAUCUUCAAGUGAUUGUUACAAGCAUCAGCAAUAUCAUACUUCACGGAAUAGUGGUUUCAUUUGUCAGGCAGUGCGCAAGUUGAGGGAUCUUCCAGCAAUGCAGCUACAUAAGCUGCUGAAGAAUUGGGAAAAAUAUACAGUGAAUGUCCCUCAGAUUCAUGGCAAAGUGAAGAAGUUGCUAUCUGAAUGGAAAUCUGAGGAUGGCAAGAGUUUGGGGCAAGAUUUAAGCACCAUAUCCAAGAGACAUGCAUCUCGUAAACAUUUGAGAAUUGAAGACUCCAAAGCAGUAAAUGAGAGAGCUGCAAAGCUAUUAGAGAGCAUGGUUAGGUAUGCAUUGGCUCAAGAGCAUGGCGAUCUCAUUAAUCUUCACGACUGGUAUCAAUCUUUCAAAUCCGUAGCUCUUUGCUCGAGCAAUAAAAAGAAACAUAGGUCAAAGUAUUCCCCAUCACCGAAGAAAAGGAAAGCCACCACUGAAUCUGCGCAGCCAAGUGAAGCAUCAAUACAGUAUCCUAUCAUGAGCACGUUUUUGCAGGGCAGUAACAGAGCUCCAGAUUACAGGGCUGCUUCGGAUGCCUAG